UUGAUUUUCGGUUUUUUUAUUACACAAAGGUUUUUGAAUAGAUAUCGUUUUGUUAAUAUCAUACUUGUAAUAUAACAAAUAAGAUGAGUAAUACACUUGAUUAAAUAUAACUUUUAAGAAAUAAGUGGCAAUUUGAGAUAGUGUAGAUAUUACUUGAAUCUGGUGGUGUUAAUUGCAUGAUUGUAAGUACAAUAUAUAUUAAACAUUUAUCUUGCAAGUUUGAAUACUGCAGUUAGUCUUUCAUAAAUAUUAUGGAUACUAAUUUGGAUCAGUCCUAUUUACAAAAAUUGCAGUACAUAUCGAUUAAUAAUCAAAGUGAUAAUGCUCGGUAUGGGCGACUUAAUAUGGGAAAAGCUGAGCCUUCAGCAUCCAAUUAUCAAAAACCGACAGCAAUGGGUGCUAUAGAGGGUUUUACCUCUGAAACAAAAAAGAAUAAUGACUAUACAAUGUAUGAAAGAAAUAAUAUAAUAACUAGUUCUAAAUAUGCAACACCUAAGCAAGUUGAAACAAUAGCAAGUCAGAAAGCAAUUGAGGAAAAUGAUGUAUAUGUACAGUGUGCUAAACCACAAGUACCCAUUAAUUCAAGCCCUACUCAUUCUGCUAGUGGGUCAUCACAACACUCGGAAAGCCCACGAGCAAGCAUUGCUAGUAAUUCUGGACCAGUAUAUGAAAAUAUUGAUUAUUAUUCAACAAGGAACAAUCAGCAAGCUUACUACCCUCAGAGAUUGUCCAGUGAUCCAGUAACAUACAGAAAAGCGCAGCCACAAGUUCCUGUUGGCAAUAGAAACAACCAUGAUGCUGAGAGUCUUCCCGUCUAUGAGAACAUACAAAAUUUGUCUCAUAAGAGUACAGGUGCCACACCAGGUCCUCAAGUACCAGCUAGUGCUCCUCCUCCAUAUAUUAAUAAUACUGCCAAUUACCAAUACAAUCAACAUCCACUUUAUUCAGUAAUGCAACCACCAACUGCAACGAAAGCUCAACCUCAAUCACCACCAUUAUAUCAAUCAAAUUUUAAAACUCCUUCAAAAAAUUUAACUCAACAACAGUUAGAUGAAAUUAACAAUAGCGAUUAUGUGUGUAUGACUGGUAAUGUUGCUCAUACUACAUUAAGCACAAACACCCAAUUUCAGACUUCUUCAGCAAAAAAUUAUGACAGAUCUAUUGCUACUGGAAUUGCUCAAACGCCUACUAAGAUUAUUCCACCUAAUGAGAUUACUAGGAAACCUCCGGUUCCUCAGAAAGUAGAAAAAAGACCAUCACCCGUUCCUAGUCCCACACCAAGUGCAUCCAGUACUAGUAGUGGUAAAUUGAAACUAAUGGGAAAAAAUUUACUACCAUAUAGUGUUACUCCUCCAAAACCUAGAGGUCCCACUGAAGCUGAAAAAAAAAUUGAAGAAAUGACUCGUCAAAUAGAAGAAGAAAUGGAAAAACACGAAGAAGAGGGUGAAUACUUUGGAAUAUGUCACACUUGUGGCGAAAAAGUUACUGGUGCCGGACAGGCUUGCCAAGCUAUGGGCAAUUUGUACCAUACUAAUUGUUUUAUUUGUUGUUCCUGUGGGAGAGCUUUAAGGGGCAAAGCUUUCUACAAUGUUCAUGGAAGGGUCUACUGUGAAGAAGACUAUCUAGUAAGCCCUAAACCAAAUUACUCUGGUUUCCAACAAACUGCAGAAAAAUGUGCAAUCUGUGGACAUCUUAUUAUGGAAAUGAUUUUGCAAGCCAUGGGCAAAUCCUAUCAUCCAGGAUGCUUCCGUUGCUGUAUUUGUAAUGAAUGUUUAGAUGGCGUACCAUUUACUGUUGAUGUGGACAACAAAAUUUAUUGUGUUAACGAUUAUCAUCGAAUGUUUGCCCCUAAAUGUGCCUCUUGCGGGAAAGGAAUUACCCCGGUUGAGGGAACUGAAGAGACCGUCCGCGUGGUGUCAAUGGAUAAAGAUUUUCAUGUAGAUUGUUAUAUUUGUGAGGAAUGUGGAAUGCAACUUACCGAUGAACCAGACAAGCGUUGUUAUCCACUUGACGGUAGACUCAUGUGCCGCAACUGUCACAUACAGAGAUUGCAGCACAUACCUCGUCAAAUGCAUCCAGUUGCUGUUACGUACCAAUACACUGGAUAAGUUAUUUGUGUACUUAAAAUUACAUUUGAUUCUUUGCUUGUAGUUUUAACUUAUAGGUUAAGUUUUGAGGCAUCUUUAAAAUUAUUUAUGAUACAUUUUUAAAUUUCAAGAGCCUGAGAAAAUUACUAACUCAAUUAAAAUCUAGGAAUUAUUUUAACUUUAUGAGUAUUCCAUACGCUUUUAUAUUUCCAGAUAGGUAUCGUGUGAGAGGCAAAACUAUGUAGUGAGAAUUUAAACUCGUUUUAAGGAGGAAUAUUAUCUUUACAGAUGGCUGCAGGUGUUUUUUUAUUCCAUACAAAUUUUGUAUAUUUCACACAUUUUUUUAAUUUAGUUUAAAUCCAAAUUUAGAAAUUUUAUUUUGUAGGGUGUAUACCAAUUUGAAAAACCUGAAAAUUUCAGGGAUAUUAAUAAAUCUGGAAAUAUUGGAGAACAUAUUUUCCAAAGACACAUUAAUCAUUGUUAUUGUUGGAGUUAAUUUUCUUUCUCAAAAUAAAUUUCUUAAUAAUCAGAUCUGAGAAAUAAUAUUUUUAUAAUAUACCGGUGACCACGAGAUUACUAUAAUAUACCGG